UUGUACCGUUGUCAUAUUCUAGAGUUCCACAUCAUCUGCGUGCCACGUGGCCACCCUAGGCACCUCAAAAAGUUGCCUAGCUUAUCCGACCACGCACGACAACCAUUCGAUGAAAUGACGCUGACGACACUCUUCUUCACGGCGACGAAACUCGCCGGAGUUUUGGUCUCCGUCACCGUCGCCGCCAACUCACUCUCCUUCUCGCGCUUUAAAAGGAAGAAUUUAACGCCAUUCAAGUCGCCAAUCGAUGAGUCUGCCGAUAUUCUUGCUGAAUUUAACAUAAAUCCUACUUCAGAAGGGGAAAAGGGGUUCUUUUUCGGAUUAGCUACGGCACCUGCACAUGUUGAGGAUAGGCUCAACGAUGCUUGGCUUCAGUUUGCAGAAGAAACUCCGUGUGAUCAACCAGAGUCGAAAAAGAGCAGUGAUCCAGCUGAUGCGAUCAUGGGAUCAUCUGCGGGAGACGGUGGUGCUCAGCAGGCAACCCUUUCCAGAGAGGCAAGUAAGAGCAUGAAGCGAAAAAAGCAACUCAGGAUAGCAAUGGAAGCAAAAAUCCGAGGAUUUGAGAAGUACGAAGAAGAAGAAAUUCAAGAACCUGCCUCGAGUGAAGAAUGUCAUCAUACUGUUGCAGCCUGGCAUAACGUUCCACACCCGGAGGAGAGGUUGAGAUUUUGGUCCGAUCCUGAUACGGAGCUAAAACUGGCUAAAGAUACAGGAGUUCAAGUUUUCCGAAUGGGAAUAGAUUGGACGAGGAUCAUGCCUGAGGAGCCAGUGAAUGGCUCUACAUCGACUACCAACUUUGCAGCAUUAGAGCGAUAUAAAUGGAUCAUCAACAGAGUUCAUUCAUAUGGGAUGAAAGUCAUGUUGACAUUGUUCCAUCAUUCCUUGCCUCCGUGGGCUGCGGAGUACGGAGGGUGGAAGCUCGAGAAAACUGUGGAUUAUUUUUUAGAAUUUACAAGGAUUGUUGUUGAUUCUGUGUCGGAUCUGGUUGACUACUGGGUGACAUUUAACGAGCCACACAUUUUUUGUAUGCUUACAUACUGUGCUGGCUCUUGGCCCGGUGGUAAUCCCGACAUGCUAGAGGCUGCCACUUCUGCGCUGCCUACUGGCGUUUUCAACGUAGCCAUGAAUUGGAUUGCAGUAUCACACUCGAAGGCCUAUGAUUAUAUCCACGAGAAAAGUGUUAGCUCGACUGCUAUCGUUGGAGUUGCGCACCAUGUCUCGUUUAUGCGGCCUUAUGGGUUAUUUGACAUUGCUGCUGUUUCGGUUGCUAAUUCAUUAACCAUGUUUCCGUUUAUGGAUAGCAUAUCCGACAAAAUGGAUUACAUUGGGAUAAACUACUACGGGCAGGAAGUUGUUGCCAGUGCUGGACUAAAACUGGUGGAAACGGACGAAUAUAGUGAAUCAGGACGCGGUGUGUACCCCGAUGGGCUAUUUCGCGUGCUACUGCAUUUCCACGAGAGAUACAAACAUCUAGGCUUACCGUUCAUCAUAUCAGAAAACGGUGUUUCCGAUGGCACUGAUCUGAUCAGGCGCCCGUACAUGCUCGAGCAUCUCUUGGCAACUUAUGCCGCAAUGCUAAUGGGUGUGCCGGUUCUUGGCUACUUGUUCUGGACCAUAUCCGACAACUGGGAAUGGGCUGACGGGUAUGGCCCCAAGUUCGGAUUGGUAGCUGUCGACCGGAUGAACAAUCUUGCGCGGAUUCCACGCCCGUCUUAUCAUCUGUUUUCAAAGGUUGUGAAGUCGGGCGUGGUAACACGACUGGAUAGAGCACGAGCGUGGAACGAACUUCAAACGGCUGUGAGAGAGGGGAAAACGAGGCCAUUCUACCGGGCGGUCAACAAACAUGGCCUCAUGUAUGCUGGAGGUCUUGACAAACCAAUCUUCCGGCCGUUCAUCAAAAGGGACUGGCGGUUCGGGCACUAUGAGGUUGAAGGCUUACAGGAUCCUCUAAGCCGUUUCUCACGCUACAUGCUUCGGCCUUUUUCCCUUGUGAAGAAAGCAAGACGUCGUGCAGAGCUCGAUGAUUUGGUUGUCGAGCCACUCACCGUAGAGGCAUAGCCCAGCAGAUGGUCGAUCUCAUGAUUAAAGAUUAUCUCCUUGCUUGGCAAUGGAGAUCAAUGGAAGCUUUUAUGGAGCUCAAGUUAUUGAAAUAUGAUUGAUGAACACAACUCUAGUCAUAUUGUAGCAUUCAUGUAAAUCUUUGACUGUGAAAAUAUAGUUUAUAUACAGUUAAGUAAUUAGUACUUGAAUUAUUCUACUGAUUUUGUGAA